AUGAUUUCACAUCCUGAUAAAACCAACACAGUAUUACAAUACGAUGAAAACUAUAAAGAAGUUGUCACUUGGGGAGCUGAUGCAUUAAGCUCUGAGCCUAGUAGAAGAAAAAGACAUAGCAAUGAAUCUUUACCAAGACCAGUGGAAUAUUUCAAAUUUUAUUUGGGAAAUGUUCCAGAAAGCAAAAAACCCGAAUUACCUCCUGGAAUUACUUUUGAUAAAGCAAUAACGGAUUAUCUUCGUGAAAUGGGUAACCAAUCACGUUUUAUUUAA